UACUACCAUGCGGAUGCAUUACAUAACGAAUCAUGAAUUUGUGUUGGUUUAUUUUGUGUCGCAGUAAACGUCACGUUGACUGUUCGCUGUUGCAUUGACAUACUGUACAUCCUUGCCAUUUUUUUCGUAAAGAGUAGUCUCCUCAUUACCACUUUGUCAAAUGUAUGCGCAACAUUCUAGUUGUAAAGAAUAAGACCAGUACCAGGUUCGCCGCCGCACACAAACCGAAGGCUGUGGCUCGCUAAACCAAUGGACGUGGCGCAACCAUUCGCGGGCAGAGCCCUGCCUCAGAGGGGGAGUUUUUGCUGGGUGUGGUAACAUUAACAUCUUAGUUUAAGCACUUAAUAAAUACUUUCUCUGAAAUGGCCUUCACUGACGUAAGUAGCUGACAUAAAGCAACUCAAAAGGCCGCUGGACACACUUUUGCGACAUACUAGUAUUCAGCAGCGUACAUCUGUAUUUCAGUGUGAUGUAGCCUUGCUGGGUUACGAAGGAGGCACGGGGAGGCGACGAGCCCGCCUUCUGACAUGUGGAGUCUAUGCAGGAAGAAAAGGAGUCACUCUCACGCGUUUACACUCAGAACGACCAUGGCUCCAAGAGAUGUGACAGCACAGACUUUCAUGAUAGUACAAUGUCUACUGGAGGAGCCGGGGGUGACGACGUACAAAGGCUUGAACUGCGACUACGAGACCGACGCCGCGGACGAGGAUUCCUUUGACCCCACUGUUAUUGCGGACAAACUUCGUGAGCUGGGUGAUGAUUAUGAUGCGAAAGUAAUCCAGCCCCUUAUAAAGAAUAUCGGGAAGGCGGCUAGAGACCAGGUUGUAGAAGCCUUUGCGGACAGCGUGACCAAGUUGUGUGAGAGCCGUGGGGUGGCGGAGCUGGAUCCUGAGAAGUGCCUUCUGAAGGCCUCGGUCCAGCUGGGCUUGUGUGUGGCAAAGAAAUGCCCGGAGCUGCGGGCUGUGGUCGAGUACGCCAUGGCUAACUUCUUGAACAUUCGUCUGGCUUCAUGGGUGGAAGCACAGGGAGGAUGGGAGGAAGUUUGUUCACAUUAAAGAAUCUGAUGAGACAUCUGGGCUCUAGUGAAAUGCCACACCUCUCAGACUUUAAUCUUAGUACUAAGGGCAUAACCAUGUACCAGACAUGCACUUUUUCACUAUACUGCAGAGAUGCAGAAAACUCAGGUUUGAAUCAUGUGCUGUCUUCGUGCUUGAGAGAGUAUUAAAUUGCAGCCCUAUCAUUUGUGUGGCCAACAGAGAAGGUGAAAGCUGUAAGUAUGUAUGAAUUGGUACUUGGAGGUAGUGUCAUUGUAAUUAAUUGAACUUUUGUCUGUCACUAUUGUACGACACUUCGAUAUCCUAACAAACAAGGUGAAUUUUUAAGCAAUUCAGUGAAAGUCAGUCAUGAAAAUGCCUUUGCUUGCACUUUGACAGUCUUAAUGGGUACAUAAUUACAGUGUAAUAAUGCUAGAUUAGAAUUAGCCAAUAUAAGCAUAUAGCAUGACUUUGCAUUCAUAUUAGAAAACAUUGUGCUGACAUCAGAAACUCCAUAGGACUCUGGUGUUAGUUUAUAGGACAAUUAUAGGGAAAUUAUUUGGGUGCCUUGAUGCAGGGUGCCUGUUUUGAACCAGGUUCUUAUUUUCUUAAACAUUAUACUUCACAGGAUUUCAGACUAAGAAAGUCAUCUGGUGGCUUUUUUUUUUUAAAAAAUGACAUUAGAAUAAUUCCUUUCUGCUGGUGUUUUUGUUGUACUGGGUAACAUAGCAUGAUUUUAUAGUAUUAAGCAGAGCAAAUGAAUUAUUAGUGAAAAAUCACUAACUUACAUAGGACUUGAAUCUUCAACAGCUGUGCUUUGCUUUUUUUCUGAAGGAGGAAAUGUAUAAUAUUUUCUCAUUAAAUGUUGCUUUGUUUCGUUCUUCUUUUUCAGCUGUUUUCUCAUUUGCAAUUGGUGUACACUCUUGUAAAAGCCUUAAGGUCUUAGUUCUAGUAGAAACUGACAUUUUUUCCAGAUUUUUGACCCGAGUGCCACUAGAGGGUGGCAUAACGCUAUGUAAACGGUGUAAAAACACUUCAUUGUACUUCAACCAGAGCUGCAGUUGUCUUACCAACUAAAGUCCUCCAGAUGCACUCUUUUUGAUUUAUUCACACAAAACUUCUGUAGCAUAAUGUACUGGUGCAGAACAAAAUUUUUUGAAAAUAGGAAAAACAUUGACAAAUGAAAUGUCAAAGCACUGUGUUUUUGGAUUGAGGUUUUAAUGCAAAAAUUGAACAAACUUUCGCCAGUGCAAAUAAUGUGAAAAGGGUGCAAAUAGCCACACUCUACUCACUGUGCCAGCCAAAGGUUCUCUUUUAGCCGCCUCACCAAGAGGGUUCGGACUCUGUUCAUUUACCUUCUGCUUUUCUCCAAAGUCGCUUACAAUUAUUUAUACAGCGGGGUAUUUUUACUGGAGAAGUUUAG